GUAGAUAAUGAAGUAUAUUUAUCAAAAGCAUUGGAUAGAUUAGGAGCAAAUGCCAUGACAAAGGACCAAGAACCUGACAUAGGUGCUGCAUUUAUAAAAUUUUCUAUUGUAACAAAAGAAUUAUCUGCACUAAUGAAAACUCUUAUGCAAAAUCUGAAUAAUAUAAUAAUGUUUCCCUUAGACAAUUUGUUAAAAGGUGAUUUGAAAGGUGUUAAAGGUGAUUUAAAAAGGCCGUUUGAUAAAGCUUGGAAGGAUUACGAAACAAAAAUAACAAAAAUAGAAAAAGAAAAAAAGCAACAAGCUAAAGAAGCUGGGUUGAUUCGAACUGAAAUAUCUCCUGCUGAGAUUGCAGAAGAAAUGGAGAAAGAGAGGAAGAUAUUUCAGCUGCAGAUGUGUGAAUAUUUGAUAAAAGUAAAUGAAAUAAAGACAAAAAAAGGUGCUGAAUUGCUUCAACAUCUUGUCGAAUACUAUCAUGCUCAAAAUAAUUAUUUUCAAGAUGGUCUUAAAACUAUAGAGCAUUUUAGUGGGUACAUAAAAGAACUUGCAACCAAACUUCAAAAAAUUAGGCAAAAGCAAGAUGAGGAAAGAAAGAAGCUUGUUGAUCUUAGAAAUACUCUUCGGAAUUCUCCUUCACUCGAUUCUCGAGAGAGCUUAGUUUUAUAUCCAUCUGGUUAUACACCUCAUCAACCAUCAGGAAAUGAAAAUUUUGGUUAUACGAAGAUAGGUAACCUUUUAAAGAAAUCUGAUGGAAAAGUUAGGAAGGUGUGGCAAAAACGUAGAUGUGAAAUUAGAGAUGGGUUUCUGUACAUUUCUCAUUCAGAUGAAACUAAACCACCAACUAAACUCAAUCUGCUCACAAGUCAAGUCAAGGUUGUACAAGAAGAAAAAAGGUGCUUUGACCUCAUAUCAUAUAAUAGAACGUAUCACUUUCAAGCAGAGGACGAGAAUGAAAUGGAAGUAUGGAUGUCUGUGCUAGUAAAUUGCAAAGAAGGUGCACUUAGAAAAGCAUUUGAUGAUUCAGGACAGACCGGAGUUACUAAACUAAAUCAGAGUUUACUGGAGCUCCAGCAAGGAAUAAUUAGACAAGUGCAAAGGUUACCUGGUAAUGACCGUUGUUGUGAUUGCAAUUCAACUAAAGAUCCAACGUGGUUAUCAACAAAUUUUGGAAUUUUAAUGUGUAUUGAAUGCUCAGGUAUUCAUAGAGACCUUGGUGUUCAUAUAUCAAGGAUUCAGUCAUUAACUUUAGAUAAUAUUGGAACAUCACAGCUUUUGUUUGGGUUACAGGUACCAUACACACCAGAUAUAUUAUCAACUGUGGAAUUGUUCAUAGGGGAUGAUUUAUUUAAUUUGUUUGCCACUCAAACAAACUUAAGUCAUAAUCAGCAGAAUAAUGAUAACAACAAUGCAUCAACAAAGAAUAAAGCUUGGAUUGAUACAAAUGUUGUAGAAAUGAAAAAACUUUUGGGGCUUGUUAUCCUAAUGGGAAUAGUAAGAAAACCAGAACAAGAUGAUUAUUGGGAGGAGCGUUAUGAAUUUAUUAGAAGUAAAUAUGUAGAUAGAAAAUUUGCUAUUCACACAUGUUCAGAUGAGAAUGAUUUAAUAAAUGACUUAGAAAAUGCUGUUACUUCAAAGCAUCUGUAUCAACUACUCCAAGCCUUUGUGGAAGGUGUUGACCUUACUGCUGUAUUGCCAAAUAGUACUAUGGCGGAGACAAGUUUACAUAUUGCUGUUUCUCAGGAAGAUGGUACUUCUUUGCACAUUGUAGAUUUUCUUGUACAAAAUAGCUCAAGUCUUGAUAAACAGACCAAAGAUGGGAGCACAGCUCUUCACAUAUGCUCGCUGAGGAAUCAGGCUGAAUGCAUGAAACUAUUACUACGAAGUGGUGCUAAUCCUCAAAUUGAAAAUCGUGAAGGGAAAACCCCAUUAGACAUUGCCAAAGAGAAAGAACAUCAUACUUGUGCUGAAUUGUUAGAGCAUGCUAUGCAGAACAAGAAAACGUUGUUUGAGAAUGUAAAUAUUGAUUGGGGAUUAUCUCAAGAAGAUGGUUCCACUGAUUUUAGUGAUGAAGAUGGUGAUGAAAAGGGUGGCCAAAUUACUCCAGAACACUUGAACCGUUCUCGACCGUCCAGUGUUGUGGGCAAUGAGUCUCCAACCAGUAGAUCGAGUUCUAUAAGUGAAACUGUGAAACAAAGCCCACUUGUCACACCACGCACAAUGCCUCCUCCACCUCCUCCCCAGAAUAAAAAACCAUUCAUCCCUGGUUUGAGUUCCCAUGGCAGUAUGAAGAAACGGGCAGCUCCCCCUCCACCUUCCCAUAUUACCAGUAACGACAGUCCUGCAACACCUUGCCAUUCCCGUACUCCUUCUGACCCGGGGCUUUCCCAAUCCCCCUCGGGGAUUAUCCAUCGACGAAAUCAUUCCACAGACCUAGUUUCCUGCAGCUCUCAUUCUAUCAACAAUUCCAGCUCAUCUGUAGACUUCAGCAUCAAUGGCAAUAAUCUCAGGUUCCAGACAGCCACCAUUACCCUUGCACCAGGUGCCAAACAGGUGCUGCCAAAGUCAAAUGAAUAUCCUGUGCUCAAAAGUAUGGAAAAGCCCUCAGUGUCUAAUACAGGCUCCUUACAAAGACCUAAGUGUCCGCCACCUCCUACUCCAUCAGUUGCUGUAAAUGAAACAGUAGAAUCUUUGAGUAAUGGUCAAUCUACAGAUAGUUUAAUACAAUCUUGUGAUUCAAAUAGUAGCCAAAGCCAAACACCUGUACCUCCACCUAGAAAAAGACACGACACUCUCAAAUUAAGACGUUGCAGAGCUUUGUAUGACUGUGAAGCUGAUCGAGAAGAUGAACUGUCAUUUAGGGAAGGGGAGAUAAUAGUUAUCAUAAGUGAAGUUACAGAUGAUGAUGAUUGGAUGGAAGGAAUGAUUGAGGGUCAACCAGAAAGGAGGGGUGUGUUCCCAUCUAGCUUCGUGCAUGUAUUGAAAGAUUGAUAAUAGGAAGUUUAAGGUAAAUUUCCCAUUUGCUGUUCCCAAUAAACAUGAAGGCCUUUGCAUAAUCUUCAUCAGGUUAGUCUUCCGCUAUGUUUGGCUGCCCUUCGCACAAUUGGGAGGGAUCUAUGUUACUACAUAACCUGCAAGAUUGAACUCAACUAUACAGCAAGGCCAUGGAUAGUUUGAUUUUAAUAUGGUUAAUAUACUGUUCAGUUUUGCCAGAGAUUUUUCAUCUAGAACAAAAUAAGUUAUUAAAGUUCAAAUUGGACUGGAAGUAUGUGGUUUUGUAAAGUAUAUGAAUAUACUACUUCUCUUUCGUUAUCUUUCUGAUUUUGUUUUAGUGCUGACUUUUUGAAAUACUAUGUUAGUAGUAUUGCAGGAAGUACAGUAUCUAAGCAUUGUUAUUUAUGUUGUGUAAGUUUGUUCUUGAAGCAACCUGAAUGAAUUUUGGGGGGCCUAUAAACUAGUCAUGUUCUUUUUCUACUUCUUGCACUUAAUUUUUAGAGUGUUUCUUGAUUAUAAUUUACAAGUAAAUGAUUAAACUGUAUUAAGUUUGAUUAUUGUUUCAAUAAGAUGAAAAAGAAUAUUUUUCAUGUAUUUUGAUUUUAAAUCAUGCUUUUUUUUUACACAUUUUUUACCUUAAGAGAUUUAGCUUUAAAAAAUGUGGUGUUUAAUAUUUUGUAUGUUUCUGGUUUGAAUAAUUACUUUUCCCUCUAACAUAAUUUUAGACUGAAAGCUUUAUUGAAGCAUUUUCUUCUGAAAAUUUAAAUUUCCCAUAUAAUAAUUUUUGAAGGAUGUUCUAUAUUAGUUAUAUGCAAGUAAAUCUAUUAUUUUGUAAAACUUCUAUAUUUUCUUUUUAAAAAAAAUAUUUAUUUUCUUCCCUCCAUCUGAUUGCAGUUAAAUAUAAUUUAACAAUAAUUUAUAUAUGUAUUAAAUGCAAAGUGUGCUAUUUAACAAGGAUGAAAAUUGCAUGCAAUUUACCAAAGCACAAACUUAAAUUCCCCCCCCCCUGCAGUUGCUUCUGAAAUAUAAGUAUUUUUAGUAAUACUAUUAAUUUCUGCUUAAAAAAAGUAAAGAAAGAAAAGAAAAAAAAAGAUAAGUUAAUUGUUUGUUUUAACAUUUUCUAAGAAUAUUUCAAAAUGGAGAAGUCUAGUGAAUGCCUAUAGCAGCCAAAAAACAAGAGAAACUGAAAUUAAAUGCUACCACAGUAGAUGGAUUUAUUUUACUAAAAGGCUUUCCAGUGACAUUUUAGAUAAAAGAAGCUGCUAAAUAGUAUGAAAAAACUGUUAAAAUAUAUCAAUUGUUUUCAUAUUAUUAAUAUUUGCUAUUUAACUCUUCCACAUACUAUGAAAAGCAAAAUUGUUUAUUAAGGAUCACUAUUUUUUUAAUUCUUUGAGAAUUAUUCAUCAUUUUAAUUCAUCUGCUGUAUUUAUGACCACAAAAGUUUACUUUCUAUAUGUAUAUUUGUGAAUUUUUGUACUUUGUGUAGUUCAUUCAUUGUGUUAUCUAGAAUUUAAUCUAUUUUUAUGAGACUUUGGAGUAAUACUGCUAAUCUUGAAAUGGUCGUACAGUUGGAAAGUGGAAGUUUUAUUUCCAAAAUUUUAAUGAGAGGAAAUGUUUUUAAUUUAUUAUCAGCUUUUUUUCAAGUUCAUAUAUUCUUCUUUGCCAUAUUUUCAGCAUUACUUGUUUUAUUAAAUUUCUGGCUUCAAAAAAAGGUUUUUUAAUGCAAAUAAUGAUAUUAUUAAAGUGUUGUAAGGGGGAGAAAUUUAAAUAGGUAUGUCUUUUUUAAUUCUUUGGAAAUGUGUUUUAAAAUGAAAUGUUUCUGUACAUGUAUAAUAAAAAAUUAUGUUUACAAACUAUUAAUACUAAAGCUAAUCUUCCCUUAAAAAGUGUAUAAUUAUUUCAAGAAGCAAUACUUAACUGAUUAUGCCUUAUAUUAAAAAUGCAGAGUAAAAUCUCAAAUCAUUUACUCAAUCAUUUUAAUAACAACUGCCCCCCCCCAAAAAAAAUGCCAGGUUUAUUAAGAAUUAUUUGUUGGUUGUAAAAGGAUCAGUUUAUAUCUGUUGAAAAUUAUAUUAUUUUUCAUAUUUGUGGGAUGGAAAACUGCAAAAUGAAUUUUAAAUACACAGAGAAUCUAUUCUACAGAGCUAUAGAUAUCGUGUGCUUCACAAACUUUUUUGCUUUACAACUACGUGCAUUAUGUUAAGGGAAAAGAAGAUUCCAAUCAGAAAAUAAUGUAUUAAUGAGAUAAUUAUAAAUAAACAUAUAUUAUUAUAGGAAAUUGAUAAUCAUAAAAUUAGUUCAUAAUUGUAGGUAAAUAUAUAUACUUACACAAUUAAAAAAAAUUAGCAUUCCAAAACUUUUCUCAACCCCUAGUUUGGAAACCAGUAAUCUAAUCAAUCAAUAAAAAAAAAUGACAGAUCAUACAGGGAAUGACUUAAAAGCUGAUCACUGAAAAUUUCAAAGAUGUUUUCUUCUAUUGCAAGUUUUUAAAUACAAACCUAAUAAAAAAAUGUGUUAUCAAUACCAAUGCAAAGUAAGAAAAUUGUUAUGUGAGCCAAAUGAGUGUGCAUAUAUUAAUAAACUGUUGAUAUAGUUUGACCUUAUUUUGGGGGGGAAGUGGAUACAUUCUUUGUUGAUGCUACUAUUUUUUGGAUUUCACUCAAGAAAUCAGAAGUUAUCACCUUCAAAAAGGAUAACUUCUCAUUUCUUGACUGUUCUCUUUGUUGUUUGUGUUCAUCUUGAACCAAAUAUUUAAUGUACAUUGCCAUGGUUUAAAUUUUAACAUGCAUUGCCAUGGUUUGUCUUCAUCUACUGAUGUUCCACUUUUAUAAAAUAGCUUUACUGAUGUAUAACUUCAUUUAAUCAGAGCAUAUUCUCCAGUGUUUGGUAAUAGGCUGUAAUCUUAGAAAAAGUUUCAUUACAGAUCAAAUCCCAGAAACCUAUAGUUACACAAGAAAUACCAUAAAAGUUGUGUAUACUGUAUGUUACCUGAAGCAACAACACUGUAGUGAAAUCAGACAAAUGAUAAAUGUCAGAUUUAAAAAAUAUACAAAUACAAAAUAUAAUGUACUGUAGAUGAAACUGCAAGGCAAUAUUGAACAAGUACAGCAUAUUCAGAGUUGUUAAAAAUUCAGCAAUAAAAGCAUUGGUGAUUUAUUUAGUGAUAAAAGAACGACAAUGGCUAGCAAACUCCCAAGUUUGGUUCAGGUAUCAACUAAUAGGUGUUAUGUGCUGUGAAAUGUAUAUAACAUGAAGAAAUCGUGUAAAUUAAUUCUAAUUAGAUUUGAUAAUAUGAAAUUCAAAAUAAAUAUUGCUAAAAAAUUAUAUAACAUAAAUUUUUAACACUGUAUUUUUCUUGUAUUCCUUACACUGUAUCCCAUCAUCAAAUAAGUUGCAUAGUUAAGUGAGAAAAAUAACAAUAGUACUUAAAUCGGAGUUUCUUUUAGAUUUUCAUAAAGGAAAUUUUCCAUGCCUUUCAUCCUUGUUAUACCAUGCUAAAAUUAUAGUGGAAUUGUUUGUAAUGUCCUUUUACCAUUAUAUGAGUUUUAUUUGCUCUUUUUCUUGAAAUAGAGCAUCAUCAAGCAUCUGCUUAAAAUCAUAAUUGUUUUUCUAGAUACCUGCUUCUAGUAACUUUUAUGUAUGAUAUGCUUUUAUUUGUGAAAUUUAUUAUUUAUGAUAUUUGAAUUGCAUUUGUACACAAAAUUUCAAAAAGAAUUUUUAAAUAUUUGCUUUGCUGUAAGGUCAAAAAGUAUUGGAUUAAAUUUUAUUGUGCAAAAGUAUUACUUUGUAAAUACUAGAAACAAUUUAAAAAUUCUGCAAGUUGUUUAUUUUGGAACCAGUGAAUCCUCAUAAUUAAUGCUUUAAUGUAAAAUUUAAUAUACAUUUAUUAUUUUAAAAAGAUUAUUUAUGUUGUGUGAUAUUUUUUUUUUUUUUUUUUUUUUUAUUUUCUAUGGGCUGAUGACAUUAUUUCUGAAAUGUGAAACAUGAAUUUUCCUUCUUUUUGUCUCCAGUCUUAAAUGUGUUUUAUCAGUACUGUUAGUUUAUCAUUACAUUAUGAUUGUUCAUUGAUAUUCAAUAAUAUUGCUUUAACAUUCUUUGCAUUAUUUAACCUAGCAUUGUAAAAUACCUAGGAAACGUAACUUAAUAAAUUAAAAUGCAAAUUUAUCUACUGAUCACGAGGCAAUUAUUUUUCAGAUUUUUUUUUCCAUAUUACUUGUGCUUUUGAAGUAGAUUGAAUCUGAGAUCAAAAGUUUAAUAUCUAUACUUUCUAAUGAAAAAUUUCUCAUCCCUUAAACCGUAGUUAUUAAAAUCACAUAUUAAUUAUAUUCACUGCAAUUAUUCUACUUUCAUGCUGUUUCUCUCUGAUUUAAAAAUAGAACAUCCUUAGAAUUUUUAAUCUGAGCACACGAUAUUUACCAUUCUAAGAAUAUAAUGUGGUACUGAGUUAUGCAUGUUAAAAUUUAAAUUUUAGUUGUUACCAUAUUGUCAUAUUAGAGAAUUAUCAUCUACACGUUAGGAUCUGAAAAUGGAAAUAUGAUUUCAAUGAAAUGCACAUUUAAUGAACAGUUAAUUCAUUUUCAUGUAAAAUAUGCUAAUAUUUAAAAUUUAUUCAGGAAUUGCUAAUCAUUUUCUUGGAAAUAAAGUAAAACUUAUAGGGAUGGGGAUGUUCAUUUUAAAAAAGAUUUCAUUAAUUAUUUUCAUGUGUUAUAUUUUUACUUAUUUUCAGUUUGUUCAUCAUUUUAAUGUUGCCCUUUCGUGGAUCUCAAAAUGUUAUAUUGCUUUUGUCAAUUUCAUUCACAUGUUUGAAGUAUUUAUUUAUGUUAUCCAUAUAUAACUAAUGUAAUUUAAUUUCACCUUAUAUUGCUCUCUAUCUGUGUAAUGUAAAUGUUUGAAUAUGUAUGAUUUAAGAGGAUUUGUUCUCAUAUGUAGCCUACUGUGAUUCUGAAAAUUAAAAAGUGUAGUUUUUGUCAUAUUUUUGAAGCAGACAAGAAUAAUUUAUUCUAGUAAUUUGAAGAUGAAGAAAAUAUGUUUUCUGCAUGAAAUUUUUUUAUUGUUUACA